CAGGGUUCCACUUGUCCAGGAGCGCCUCAUUGACAUGUAAACGAGGGUUCCCUAUAAAGGUGGUGCUGCCUCCAGCGGCUCCACUAGGACAACAUGGGCACUCAGCCCGAGACCCAGGGCAGCUCUGGUGGCCCCACUGGCAACUUCCGCAAGGUCUGGGGUUCUGAGGGUUGCGGGGGUGAGGGGUAAGACAGAAGGCGCCGAGAGGGCCAAGGUUCUGCAGGUCAUGUAACUACUGCUCACCCCCAGGUCUCCAAGCCGCUGAUGGAGAAGAAACGAAGGGCACGCAUUAAUGUGUCACUGGAGCAGCUCAAAUCGUUGCUAGAGAAACACUACUCGCACCAGAUUCGGAAACGCAAGUUGGAGAAGGCGGACAUACUGGAGCUGAGUGUCAAGUACAUGAAAAGCCUUCAGAACUCGGUGCAAGACUUGUAA